AAACCGUCGCGGCCCAGAGCGCGGAGUGGGGGGGCUUUUGCUUUGGUGCUCGAGGCCGCUAGUUUCCGAGUGGCUCGUCGUUUGGGAAACGCGACGCUGAAACUCUGUGGUGUGGUUGUCGUUUUUGUUGCUGUUGUCGCGGUCGUCGGUUUGUCGGCCUGGUCUGAACCGUAACCAUGAACGAGAGGUAGCGAAGGACGGCGGUGGUCGCUGAGCGGGACACGAUGCUCGGAUGCCGGUGCCGGGACCUGGGACAUCAUGAGGCCCAGGGGAGUCGGAUACGCGACGUCGUCCUGGCUCGGUCUCUUCAGCGGGCACUGUCGUCGACAGCGACGCGGGGCUGCGUCGCUCGUGAAGGCAGCCUUCGUCGGCGUGCUGGCCGCGACACUGCUCAGGCCAGCCAACGGAGCCCGGCCCGUUGCCGGCAUCAUGGCGAACACGAGCCUCCUGCUGGACAGCCUUCUCUCGGAGAAGAACUACAACCGACAGUUCAGGCCCGGUUUCGGAGGUCCGCCGACGGAGAUCCUGACGGAUGUCCUCAUUCGCAGUUUCGGCCCCGUGUCUGAAAACGAAAUGAUGUUCUCGAUGGACUGCUACUUCCGGCAGACCUGGUACGAUCGGAGGCUCCGGUUCGACGGGGACAUCAAGCUGCUCUCGGUGAGCUGGCAGUUCCUCGAGAAAGUGUGGACCCCGGACACGUACUUCUUCAACGGCAAGAGCUCCUACCUGCACAAGGUCACCGUGCCAAACAAGUUUGUCAGGCUAAGACACGACGGCCGCCUCAAGUAUUCCAUGAGAUUGACCAUCAAAGCAAGUUGCCCAAUGCAUCUCAGAAAAUACCCCUUGGACACCCAAGCUUGCCCCUUGGAGAUAGGAAGCUUUGCGUACUCGUCCAAGGAAGUGGUGUUCAAGUGGAAGGGACCCAAACCGGUCGACAUCUCUUCCGACGUCACAUUGUCCCAGUACGAGUUCCUCAACAUCACCGUCGCCAACCUGACCACGUACGGACCGGCCGGAGAGGUCCGGUCCUCCCUGAUGGCGCGCUUCAUCCUGAGUCGCCGGCGCGGCUACUUCAUCCUUCAGAUCUACGCACCCUGUUCCCUCAUCGUCGGAGCCUCCUGGGUCGCCUUCUGGAUCAACCGCAGCGACGCGGCCGGUCGGGUGUCCGUGGGAGCAACGACGGUGCUCACCCUGGUAACGAUGGGCUUUGGCGGUCGAGCUUCGCUCCCUCGCGUCGACUAUGCGACCGCGCUGGACUGGUUCGUCAUCAUGUGCUUCACCUUCGUGUUCACCGCGCUCGUCGAGUACGCCUGCGUCAACUACCUCGAACGCUUCCUCAUGCACCGCCAGCGGCAGCGCCUGGAGAAGCUGGCCAAGCAAGAGGAACGCCAAGAACUCGCAAAGGAGUUCAACCGGGAGUCUGGCACGGACACUGAAAACGCUGGCUCCGAAGACAUCCGCCUUCGCCUCGAGCGGGCCGAAGAGAUUGAAGAGGAACGCCGCAGGACACGCCUCAUCGGCGGCUGUCUGGAGCAGCUGCAAUUUCGCUGGAGGCGGCGGAAAAAGCGGCCAAUCUACCAACCCUGCAACACGGCCCCGGAGGAGCGGAUGACGCCCAGCGAGGUGUCCGCGGAGGUGGACGCGUGGGCGCGAAUCAUCUUUCCUCUCACCUUCACCGUCUUGAAAGUUCUUUACUGGACGUUGUUUCUCUACUUCGUUGACGACGAGAUCCCCGAAGACCCACCGUCGCAAAACUGAACACACCGUUGCGGGUGCUUGAGACGCGCCUGCAACCGUUCUGCUUACCGCGUCUCCAAACAUGGCCCCUUCGUUUCCGCCUGAUGACGUCA